AUGUUUUUUAAUACUGGACCUUCCAUUCUCGCUUCAGUUCGCUUCUUCUCCUGCCGGCCACACUAUCUCGACAUGAGACUAUAUAAUUAUGUCCUGAUGGCGACGGUCCUCAGCCAUGCGACAUGUCUACCAACUGUUUGAGGAUGCCCACAUGUACAAGCCUUCUUGGCGACGUUGGCGAGUACAACCCCGGAUUUCGAUCCCCGCCCUAAGCGGUCAUGUGGAACCGCCGACGACGCCAACACGGCCCCGCUUCCCCCGCCCCGACGGCUUCUCCAUGACUUCCGCUUCCGCAGUCCGAGAGACCAUCUCUCCAUUCCGUGUUUUACCCAAAGAUGGCGACACGUCAAGUGCUUGGCUUUCCGCGAGCACGGCUCACUCUCAUUCCCCAUUCCCGAAACCUGAUUCCCCCAGUACAGCGUCAACAUCGGCCAGCCUUUGCUCCCCAGGCAUAUCAGUCGACUCGAUGGGCAUCACAGCAACCUACGGAUAUUCACCAGAGGGCUGGACGGGAAAAGUACAGGAAUCCGCUACGCCUGAUUUCCAGACAAGGCUGGAUCAUCAUUGCGUUAUCGGCCAUAGUCAUUAUUGUCUUGAAGGACUCGAAGAAGGAAGAGCUUUCACUGGUAAAGCCGACCUACGCAAGCCACAAAGAAAUGCUUGAAGCUGCAAAAGAGAUUGCUCAGAUACUGGGACAAGACGCCGUCACCUACGAUACCCAUGUUCUCGAACACCACGGCCAUUCGGACUGUGCUCGCAAUGUCCCCAUGGUCCCCUUUGGCGCAGGUUCUAGCGUCGAGGGCAACUUCUCCCAGCCAUAUUCCGGCAUCUGCAUCGACUUCACCUACAUGGACAAGGUCGUCGCCUUCCACCCAGAUGACAUGGAUGUGGUCGUUCAGGCUGGCGUUAACUGGGUUGAUCUCAACAACCAGAUCGCCCAUACAGGGCUCUUCGUGCCUUUGGAUCCCUCACCCACUGCAACAGUUGGUGGAAUGGUCUCAACCAAUUGUUCCGGCACCAACGCCAUGCGCUACGGGACUAUGAAAGACUGGGUGCUCAACCUGACCGUUGUCCUCCCGGAUGGCCGCAUUAUCAAGACUCGUCGGCGUCCUCGCAAGACCUCGGCUGGCUACAACCUGACUUCUCUGUUUGUCGGCGCCGAAGGUACUCUGGGAAUGGUAACCGAGGUCACCCUGAAGCUCGCUCCCAUCCCCAAGGAAACCAGCGUCGCCGUUGUUGCUUUCCCCACCAUCCACUCUGCCGCAGCCGCCGCUUCCAAAUUGAUUCGCUCCGGGAUCCAGCUUGCUGCCUUGGAGCUCAUGGAUGACGAGCAGAUGAAAUUGCUCAACACCCACGGAAGCGACGCAGUUCGCAAGCGUGUAUGGGACGAGAAACCUACCUUGUUCCUCAAGUUUAGCGGGACCACCAAGGACGCCAUCAAGAGCGAUGUGUCCCGCGUAGCCGAGAUCGUCAAACCCUUGACAGACAGCAAGUUCCACUUUGCCAAGACGAAGCAGGAUGAGCUGGACCUCUGGUCCGCGCGCAAGGAAGCCCUUUUCACCAUGGUAAACACUCGGCCCAAGGGCACCGAGAUUUGGUCUACGGACGUGGCCGUGCCCAUUUCACGGCUGGCGGAAAUCAUCGAGAUCUCGAAGCGGGAGUGCGGAUCUCUGGGCUUGUUUGCGAGCGUGAUUGGCCAUGUGGGUGAUGGGAACUUUCACGUCUCCAUGAUGUAUGACCCUACAAAUUUGCAGCAGAAGCAGGCUGUCGCCAAGUGCGUCAAAAACAUGAUGACACGGGCACUGGAGAUGGAGGGUACCCAUGCGAUUGGUAUUGGGAAGAAGGAGUGCUUGGUGGACGAGCUCGGAGAGGAGACGAUUGGGCUUAUGAGGCAGCUCAAGGCUUCGGUUGAUCCCAAAUGGGUCAUGAAUCCGGGAAAGGUGUUUGACUGGAUGGGGUAUUAG